GGCCGGAGCCUUCCCGAGGAGCUGCCCCGAGUGCAAACGCACGGAGCACGGAGGCGCCUCGAAGCCACCGGGUGCAGGAAAGCCACAGCGGAAGCCGAGAGAUUCAGCCGGACGGACACCCAGUUGCUGCCGGGAGGAGAAAGAGGGAAGGUGGCACCCAGGCGCUUGGGAAAGGCAGCCCCAGCAGCCCCAGAGGGAGCCCGGGCCAGCAAGCGGGGUCCUCCGGCGUGCGCUGAAGGCGGGGGAGCCAGCCAGGAAGGGUGGAGCAGGAGCUGUCCACAGGAGCCAGGAUCCCAUUGGACAAACCUGCCCCCACAUGGCUGCCCUUAAUGACAGCAGCUUUGACCCCAUAACCUUCGUCCUGACGGGAAUCCCGGGCAUGGAGGAAUCUCACAUCUGGAUCUCUGUCCCCUUCUGCCUGAUGUAUGUGGUGGCCCUGACGGGGAAUGCCUUUCUCCUCUUUCUCAUCGCCACAGAGCGCAGCCUCCACCAGCCCAUGUACCUCUUCUUGGCCAUGCUGGCAGUAGCUGACCUCAUGCUGUCCACCUCCACAGUGCCGGAGAUGCUGGCCAUCUUCUGGUUUGGAUCCAGGAAGAUUUCAUUUGAUGCCUGCAUUGCCCAGAUGUUCUUCACCCACUUCAGCUUCAUCGCGGAGUCCACCAUUCUCCUGGCCAUGGCCUUUGACCGUUACGUCGCUGUUUGUGACCCACUGCGCUACAUGACCAUUCUCACGCCUUCCGCAAUAGGCAAGGUGGCCAUCGCCGCCACCGUCAGGGGUCUGGCAAUCAUGUUUCCCCCCAUCUUCCUCCUGAAGAGGCUGCCCUACUGUGGCCACAGCACAAUGCCACACACCUAUUGCGAGCACAUGGGCAUCGCCCGCCUGGCUUGUGGGGACAUCACCGUCAACAUCUGGUACGGCUUCACAACUACCCUCCUGUCCUCUGGCGUUGAUGUGGUGCUGAUCGCUGCCUCCUACGCCUUGAUCCUCCGGGCUGUCUUCCAGCUGCCCUGCAAGGAAGCCCGGCGCAAAGCUCUCCGCACCUGUGGCUCCCACAUCUCGGUCAUCCUCAUGUUCUACAUGCCAGCCUUCUUCUCCUUCCUCACCCAUCGCUUUGGCCACAACAUCCCUAGUUGGAUCCAUAUCUUGUUGGCCGACCUCUACGUGAUCGUGCCGCCCAUGCUCAACCCCAUUGUCUACGGAGUCCGAACAAAGCCAAUCCGGGAGAGGGUCAUCCAUGUGCUCUCACAGAUGGGGAGGACCUGCUUCUAAGCCCCGAACAAACUCCAAUGGAGGACUUGGGUUGUAGGUUGCUACAGGAUGAGAGCUGCCUCCUUCUUAGGGGAAGGAGAUGGACCCCCAGGUCAGAGGAAGCAAGAAUUCUUGUGAGGUGGUUACUCUUCUGUCUCUUCUCCCCUGGGGAAAACGCCUUCUUCCUUGGUCAAUGUGGCUACAGAUCUAUUCAAGCUGCCCCCUCCUUGCCUGUCCUUCCCUGGUGAGGAGCCUUUUCCCUGGAGUCAGAAGGAGUAUUGCGGUCAGCUGCCCUUCUCCUGUGCCGCUUGUGGACUCUCCGGAUCUCUCUGAUUGGCCUCUCUGAGACCCAGAGCACUGGACAAGUGGGGCCCUGUUCAAUCCAGGGUUCUUCUGGACUCUUCCACAACUGGUGCUUCUUUGGCUGCCAGGGGGUGAGGGUAGAUGGGUACCCGGUCUGGUCUCCUCCUUUAAGCUGUCCCUGGAGAGGAUUUGGAUGGGCUGGGCCUUUUUGCUUCCGCCCCAUUGGGUGGUCUUUUCUUGAAAGCAUUUGGGGAGGGGGCUGGGCACAUCCUAAACUCUGGCGAUGGGCUCCUGCCCUGGGUUGCUCAGCCAACAGAGGUUUUGUCUUGCAUGAAAGUGGGGGCUGCUGGACUGAUGUGAGCACAAAAACCUGCUCAAGUGGCCAAGGGGACACCCCUCCCCCAGAACCACAAGGGGGAAGUAGGUGAAUUGGGGCCCACCAUGAGAAUGCCAGAGACUCCCUUGUUUUGCCCCAGGCCAACCUCUGUGCCCAACUGGCUGACGUCCCUGUGUCCCCUUGUCCUGCUUCAGAUGGACAUUCAGUAGCACAUUUUGCGGGAGAGGCUGGGGAAAGAGCAGAGGGAGGGGCUGAGAAAGCCGGACUCUCUCCUGGGGGGAGAUGCUGCCCAAACCUCGUCCUUGGGGAGCCUCCAAGUCACCUCCUGUGACAGAGAAGAGGGGAUCUACUCAUUCUCCAGAGCACCUGAGGGCAGGACAAAAAGCAGUAGGUGGAAAAUCAUUAAAAAGAGAUCCAGACUGGAAUUUAAGGAGGAAUUUCCUGACAACGGAACAGCUUCCCUCCUGGGGUUGGGGCUGCUUCAACACUGCAAAUUUUCAGAAAUAGACUGGAUAACCAUUUGACUGGGAUGGUCUAAGGUCCCUGAUUGAUCAGGGGGUUGGAGUAGAAGACCUCCAGGGUCUCUUCCAGCCCCAGGAUUCUACGUUCUAUGGCACCUGCCUGCUGAGGCCAGGUCAGGGGGUGCUAGCUGCUUCUUGUGCCAGAAGCCUUGCCAGCAGUCGGCUGAGGCCUGGGCUGGGGGAUGUAACCCUAACCCUAACCCUUGGCAACGUUUGGCCUAGAUUGCACAGCUGGGCACUGCCAGAGCUGGCACGAAGGCCUCUGGCUGGAGGAAAGCCCACAGCAGAGGCACGAAAGCUUUGGGGGCUGAAGCCGAGGAAGUCCCUGGGUGGCUGUUGGGAGAAUUUAAAUCCCAUUUGCCAGGCAGCUUCCAGGCGUAUGUCUUGUCAGCAACACCCAGGACUAGUAAAGGAGGACAACUGGGCUCCUUUCAGCCACAAGCGAAAAAGAACUUUUAGCCCAGGAGGCGAGAACUUUCUGGAUCUGCUUGUUUCUGGCUGGGGGUCCUGCCAGCCAGAGAUGGUGGGGGACGGUGUGGGACUCCAGCAUAUCUAGAUCACUCAAUCAGAAUAUAUCUGGAAGGGACCUUGGAGGUCUUCUAGUCCAACCCCCUGCUCAAAUAGGAGACCCUAUACAAUUUGAGACAAAUGGCUGUCCAGUCUCGUCUUAAAAACCUCCAGUGUUGGAGCAGCCACAACUUCUGGAGGCAAGCAGUUCCACUGGUUAAUUGUCCUCACUGUCAAGAAAGUUCAGUUCUAGGUUGCUUUUUUCCUUGAUCAGUUUCCAACCAUUGAUUCUUGUCCUGCCUUCUGGUCCUUUGGAGAAUAAGUUGAUCCCCUCUUCUCUGCGGCAGCCCCUCAAAUACUGGAAGGCUGCUAUCAUGUCCUCCCAGUCCUUCUUUUCUCUAGACUGGCCAUCCCCAAUUCCUGCAACCGUCCUUCAUGUGCUUUAGUCUCCAGGCCCUUGAUCGUCCUAGUUCUUGUUCUCUGCACUUUUUCCCAAAGCCU